GAGGGGAUCCAAGAAUAGUUCAGAUAGAUGUGUGUAAUUUCUAGAGCAGAACCCCGAGAGAAAUGAAACGCCCCGCUCCAGUGACACUUUGAUGUCACUUCAGCGGGCCCUGUGAGGUGGAAUACGAAGCUCCUAACGCUCAGGAAGUGGAAUUUGUGGUUUAGGGGGCCGAGCUCUGAAGGAGUUGAGAGAGACAGAAAAAAAAAAAAAAAGACACCAAAAAACAACCCAAUUCAAGCCCCAUCGCUCCUUAAAGGGAGGCUAAAUUUAAAGUCACCCAAACGAGCAGGCUGCGGCGCAACCCCCCACCUGUGCAGCCCGGCUCCCGCCGCCCCUCCAGAUGGGUCGCCUCCCCGCUGCCGCCCCGCGGGACGCCCGGGGGUGACGCUCGACGCCGCCGCCGUGCCCGGCCGCCCGGAGACGGAGCGCGGCCGCGCCAGCACCCACCAUGCCGAGGUCCUUCCUGGUGAAGAGCAAGAAGGCGCACAGCUACCACCAGCCCCGCUCCGCCGACGAGGACUACGGCCUGCGGCUGGAGACGGUGCUGGCCCAGAUCUGCGCAGACAGCAAGAUCCCCGAGGGCGCCGGGCUGUGCCGCACCGUCCUGCCCGACCCGGAGCCGUCCCAGCGCCGCUUCUCCCCGGAGUCCCACCUUACCGAGGCUGCCGAUGGCACCUCCGAGUCAGCGCCCAGCUGCGAGGGCAGCGUCUGCGACAGGGUGUCCGAGUUCGAGGACUUCUGGAGGCCGCCCUCCCCCUCCGUCUCGCCAGCCUCAGAGCAAUCUGUGUGUCCAUCCCUGGAUGAAGCACCCCCCUUCUCAGUGCCCUUCAAACCGUAUGCGUGGAGCAGCCUGGGGGGCUCUGAGCUGAGGCACCUGGUACAAAGCUACAGGCCCUGCCCGACGCUGGAGCGAACCUCAGCCCUGGGGCUCUUCUGUGAGCGCGGCUCCGAGCCUGCCCUCUAUGGUGCGGAGUGUAGCUCUUCCCUCGGACUUUACGGUGACUUCGGCUCCCCGGGCCCAGGGCUGUUCGAGCGGCCUCCAGCAGCAGCGCCUGGACUCUAUGCCGAGACGCAGCCUGGGCUGCAGCAGGAGAAGGGGCCUGGCAGCAUCAAAGUGGAGUCGGACCUCUUGUGCCGCCCAUUGCUCAUCAGCACUGGCUCUUACAAGUGUGUCAAGUGCAGCAAGGUCUUCUCCACACCGCAUGGCCUUGAGGUACAUGUGCGCCGCUCACACAGUGGCACAAGGCCCUUUGCCUGUGACAUGUGUGGCAAGACCUUCGGCCAUGCAGUCAGCCUGGAGCAGCACAAGGCCGUGCACUCGCAGGAACGUAGCUUUGAUUGUAAGAUCUGUGGCAAGAGUUUUAAGAGAUCUUCUACUCUGUCCACCCACCUGCUCAUCCACUCAGACACACGGCCCUAUCCCUGCCAGUAUUGCGGGAAGAGGUUCCACCAGAAAUCUGAUAUGAAGAAACACACCUUCAUUCACACAGGUGAGAAACCUCACAAGUGUCAGGUGUGUGGAAAAGCCUUUAGUCAGAGCUCCAACCUCAUCACCCACAGUCGGAAGCACACAGGCUUCAAGCCCUUUGGCUGCGAUCUGUGUGGCAAAGGCUUCCAAAGAAAGGUGGAUUUACGGAGACACCGGGAGACACAGCAUGGCCUGAAAUGAGUCCUGCAAUAAUGGAAAGCACCUACAACACUAUGAGAACAGACUCCUUUGGCUUCCCUGCUGGACCUGAGCCUUGUCUGUAGCACAAACCCUGGCAUUACCUUUCUGACCAGGAGCUUGGAGACGAAAGAAGACAGGGACAUGGCAGUGGCAGCUCAACCUGCAUGACUGAGAGUGGAAAUCAAAGGCUGAGGUUUCUCUCUCUUCCCCUCUCUUUUUCUGAAAUAACACUGGAAAAUAAGCCUUUAGAUACGAAGCCUGAUACUCCAAAGACAGAUAAGCUACCAAGUAUCUGUAAGCUGGAAAGUAUUUCUCCCAUAGCCAAGAUGAAAACCCUUAUGUUUUCAGUAGCUUGAAUUACCUUGCAGGGAAACAUGGGUAUAACAGUGUUUACACGGUAAUCACAGGGAAGUCAGCAAAUGACACGGGGAGUGCUUGCCUUGGUUGAGUUUCAGUGCUGAAUGGCUUCACUCUUGGUUUCCUGUCAGGAAAGCCUGGAGGAUCUGAACUGAAGUGUGCAGUUUGACAUCUGGUUGUUUUUUAAGCUAAGGCACUAGCUUGGGCCUCAUCCUGCUCUUAGUUAUUCUGGUGUAAAUCAGGAGUUGUACUGACAGGAGGAGGCCCUUUUUAUUCCUCCCAAAGCUGUAUCUGUGCUUAAGCAAGGCCUGGCUGUGUGAGUGUGUGUUUGAGAUAUAGGGGUUAUGUCUUGCUACAUCCACUGGGGAAAAGGAAGUUUGUGAAAGACAACUGGAAAAACCAAAGCACAGAGUUAUGCCUUAUAACUAGAAACCACCCAGCAACUGAUCCUGACUAAGAGAGCAGGAGCAUAGGUGAGGCACAGACUUUCUGUCCAGAGCAAUUGUUGGCUUCUGCGCUCUGGGCUUGUUAUAAAUAACUGGAAAAUAGCUACUCAAUAGCAUCAUUUGUAUAUUUGUUUUUUGUUGUUGUUGUUUUUUAGUUUUUAAAGGAAAACUCUCCUGAGGUGGGCAGGAAUCAUUAUAAAAGUAUAAUUGACUGAAUUUGCCUUAAAUGACCCUGCAUGUACCUCAGUUAAAAAUGCUGUUUUUACUUUAUUGCCAGGUUUGUAAAUGUCUUUAUUUAGGUUUUAUGGAGUGUCUUAUGUUUAUUAGUACAUAUUUAUUGGAACAAUGUUUUAAAUUAAUAAAGUAUUGAGGAUCAUCA